UCCGACUCAGUUACUUACACAAUCGUGGUAGGUCCACUAGGUCCUACCUACUCGCUACUUCUAUAUAUAAAAAUAAAAUUAACAACGAAAAAUAAGCCAAUUAUUAGGUUACCUACUAUUAAUAAAAGUUUUGUGCAUCAGUUAUAUUAGAAUAGUUACGAAUACCGACUUAAACAUAAAAGUUUUGAAUUCUGUAGAAAUGGCUCAUCCUGUGUCAGAUGCAGUUUUCUGGCAUAUUGAAGAGCUGACUGCGAGUAUCGUCGCUGAAACCGGUAUACCGAGCGACAGAUAUCAUCUUGGCAAAAUAAUACUGCGCAGUCUAAAAGAUGCACCCAAUCACAUAUUGCAGAUAGACGGAGCAACUGGUGAAAAAGAUACAUUCAAAUCAGCACUCGAGCGAUCUAUACGAUGUGCAACAGCCUUUAGGAACCUGGGACUAAAGUAUCAAGAUGUUAUAGUGAUACUGGCACCCAAUCACAUUAAUCUGGUCAUACCAAUAUACGCUGCCUUAUUUCUCGGUCUCAGGGUUGCUGGAAUAGAUAUAGCUUUAGGAGUUAAUGAACUUCAAGACCCAUUUCAAUGUUGUGUACCAAAAAUUAUCUUCUGUCAAAGUUCAAAAGUUCAAACCGUUCAACAGGCAUUGAGUAAGCUUAAAAUGACCGCUCACAUUAUAUCAUUUGAUGAAGGUGAUGAUUGUUUGAGCUUAUCGAAACUUCUCGAUGAGUAUGGCACAGAUACGACCGUAGAAAAUUUCAAACCAGCUGAGUUCGACCCUGUGGAAACUCAUGCCUUUUUAGUGUCAACCAGUGGCUCUACCGGACUACCAAAGACAGCUAUAUUGAGUCAUAAGAACGUUAUGAUGGGCUUUCCAAUUUUAAUGAACAACCGCACCAAAUUCCCUACGCCCGUGAAGCUAGCAUUACUUGUAUCACCUAUACAAUGGGUAUCAUCAGCUUUCCAGUUUAUAUUGGGGCCUAUAUUGAGAUUCACUCGUCUACAGACUUCAUCCCCAAUCACUCCAGAGCACGUGUAUUCAUUGAUCAAUAAAUACAGGCCGGAUUUCACAAUUAUGAGCCCCACGUUUCUAACGACGCUGCUGAAACCUGGUGACCGGGAAAAGUGUGAUUUCUCUUCUCUAGAGUACAUCUUGGUGGGUGGCAGUGUCGUGACUAAAGAACUCCUUCAAGAAAUGCAGAAAAUAAUGCAAAAAGCGCAUAUAAAGUUAGGUUACGGUAUGACUGAAGUAACAGGCUUCGUUAUGGACUCCAGCUAUUCUCCGUUUGGUUCAAUCGGUGUACCACUGCCGGUUUUACAGUGUAAAUUAGUAGAUCCCAUCAGUAAUGAAGUAAUAAAUAAACCUAACAUACCCGGGGAAAUACGAGUAAAAGGUCCUACUGUAUUUCAGGGCUAUUACAACAACCCUGAGAUGACAAAAGAAGCUUUCGAUGAAGACGGAUGGUUAAAAUCUGGAGACAUAUUGUACAGAGAUGAAUAUCACAACUACUAUUUCUAUGACCGCAUCAAAAUGUUGCUAAAAUAUAGAAACCAUCAGGUUUCACCAGUGGAAAUAGAGUCCGUGAUAGUAAAACACCCGGGAGUGUUAGAUGUAGUCGUGACCGGUAUAGCCGACGCUGAGUGUGGGGAUUUGCCUGUCGCACUGGUUAUACUUCGAGACGGACACAAUGUUACAGCGCAAGAAAUAAAGGAUUUGGUUAAAGAAUCACUGACGGACUCGAAACAGUUAAGGGGUGGUGUGAUAUUUGUGAAGGAGUUUCCUACGACAUCGACAACGAAGGUGGACAGGAUGAAAUUAAAGCAAUGGGCCAAGACGCUCAAGAGAGAGUAACUGGUUUAUAAAAUAAACGAAAUAAAUAAAUAAAAUUUCAUUCCAGAUUUCACCAGUAGAA